CAACCCAGGUCCCUGCGGGCAUAUAAUUAGCGCCUUUUCCCCUUCGGGAUGUACAAAGUAGAAAGGAGCUUGAAACCGAUGCAGAAGCAGAAAACCUCCCACGACAUUAUCGCCGUCGUAAAAGUUCUAAUUUUUUAAAUAAUAUGAGCAUAACCCUCUUAGCAUCAAAGCAUUCAAAUUUCAUCCGGGUCGUCGAAUCAUGCACUAUCAGAUUCUCUUUCCUUCUCCGUCAUCUUUCCACCGAGCCCGCCAUCCCACCACCACCACGACAAAACGACGACUCAAACGUAGAGCAAGUCCUGCAACUCCUCCAAAUCCCUGACCAUGAAUGGAACACGACCCAACUCAAUCACCUCCUCUUCUCCAAUCCCGCUCCUUCUCCUUGCCUUCUCUUCCAGAUCGCCCGCCGGUUGCCGUCCUCCUCCCAAGCCCUCAAAUUCCUUAAAUAUCUCCAAUACAAUUCCCCACUGCCAGAUACCCAGUUUCUCUCAUCUACAUUACAGACCGUCUUCGAGCUCGCUAGCCGUGAACCUGGUUCCCGGACGAAUUUAUAUGAGCUUUAUAAGGCUUCUAAAGAAUGGAAUAUUCCACUUACCAUCAAUUCCGCCACACUUCUAAUUAGAUGCUUUGGGAGAAAUGGGUUAGUAGAGGAGUUCUCCAUUUUGUUCGAUGAACUUGAGCAUUCUCUUAAGAACACGCAGGUACGCAAUGCUGUCAUACGUUUGCUCCUGAGAGCUGGGCUCGUCGACAAAGCGUUUAAGGUGCUUGAUGAAAUGCUUCGACCAGAAUUUGAUUAUCAUCCGGAUAAUGUUACUGGUCAUAUUAUUUUCUCUUGGUUGAUGAAGAGAGAACGUUUAGGGAGGACUGAUACCCGAGAGGAGAUUGUUGAACUGGUGUUGAAAUUUGGUAAAUUUGGUGUUUUUCCUAAUUCAAUUUGGAUAACUCAGAUGGUUACUGUGCUGUGUAGUAAUGGAAAGACAAUUAAAGCUUAUGAUCUUUUGCUUGAAUUAAUGACUUUGGGAGCUGCUCUGAAGGUGGCUCCUUUCAAUGCAUUAUUGACAGGGUUGGGAAGGGAUAAGGACUUUAACAGAAUGAAUGAAGUUAUGGUAAAGAUGAAGGAAAUGGAUAUUGAGCCAGAUGUUAUCACCUUUGGGAUUAUUAUUAAUCACCUGUGCAAGUUUAGGAAAAUUGAUGAGGCGCUGGAGGUGUUCCAAAGGAUGAAUAAGGGUCAAGAGGUUGGUGGAGUUUCAGUUGAACCAGAUGUUGUCAUUUUUAACACAUUGAUUGAUGGCCUUUGUAAAGUUGGGAGGCAAGAAGAAGGUCUGGGUUUCCUGGAAAGGUUUAAAACGCAAAAGGAAUGGUCUCCUAAUACUGUUACCUACAAUUGUUUGAUUCACGGUUUCUGUAAAGCUGGUGAGAUAGAGAGGGGCCUGCAGUUGUUUGAUGAAAUGAACAAAGAGGGGAUCGUACCAAAUGUGAUUACCAUUAAUACUUUGGUUGAUGGUAUGUGUAGAAAUGGAAGAACAGCUAGUGCAGUUCAGUUUUUGGACGAGAUGCAAAGGAAAGGUUUAAAAGGAAAUGCUUUUGCUUAUGCAUCCCUAAUCAAUGCCUUUUAUCAUGUGAACAAUAUCAGGAAAGCAAUGGAAAUUUUUUAUCAAAUGUUGAGAGAGGGAUUCUCUCCGGAUGCAAUAGUUUACUAUAAAUUGAUCUCUGGCUUGAGCCAAGCUAGAAGGAUGGAUGACGCCACUUCUCUUUUGUCAAAGUUGAAAGAGUCUGGGUUUCAUCCAGACGUUUCGUGCUACAAUGAUUUGAUUACUGGUUUUUGCAACAAGAACAGGACGGAUAAAGUUAAAGAGAUGCUCAGUGAUAUGGAGAAAGCUGGAAUAAAUCCUGAUAGCAUCACAUACAAUACUUUGAUUUCUUAUUGCUGCAAAAUUGGAGAUCUGGAAGUUGCUCAGAAAAUCAUGAAAAAGAUGAUCAAGGCCGGUCUUUCACCUACAGUUGCCACAUAUGGAGCUCUAGUACGUGCAUAUUGCUUAGACGGCAAAGUUGAUGAAGCAAUGAAGAUUUUCAGAGACAUGGACGCAGCUUCGAAGGUCACAUCCAAUGCUGUGAUGUACGACAUCCUGAUAGAAUCCUUGUGCAACAAUAAUGAUGUAGAACUUGCUCUUCCUUUGAUGGACGAUAUGAAAGCUAAGGGAGUGAAACCAAAUACAGCAACAUAUAAUGCCAUAUUCAAAGGUCUACGGGAGAAGAAAUGGCUGAAGCCAGCUAUUGAAUUAAUGGAUACAAUGAUAGAGCAGGCUUGUAAUCCCGAUUACGUCACCCUGGAGAUACUGAGAGAAUGGCUCUCUGCUGUUGGUGAAACAGAGAAAUUAAAAAACUUUGUUCAAAGAUACGAGGCUUCAGCUUCUGCCACAUAAAAUGGCUUUGGCAAGGGCACAAGUGAUUGUUUGGAACACAAAUGUACUGCCCUGAUAAUUUGGUUUCUUUCAGGAAAGACCAGACACUAAAGUUUCUUAUUCAUAUAGCUUCCUGUUCA